AUGAGUUCGAUGAAGGGUACAGUGCUUCUUUAUGCCCUGCUUGCUGGCAGUUUGUGGCUCGUUGCGGCCGAUCCGGACUGUGAGAAUUUAAGGGAAAGGCGUGAUGAAAUGAGCAGGUGCUGUGAGGUCGAAAAAAUCAUCCCACUAACUGAUGCUGGUGAUUGUGCACCCGCCGCAGAUGAUGCCUCCGAACCGCAUGAGAAGUCGAUGUGUAUGCUCGAGUGUAAGCUAACGUCACUGGGCGUGAUGAACGGUGACGAGAUCGUGCAGGAAAAAGCAUUCGAGUAUGCUGAUCGUGUCCAAGACGAUUGGAAAGAUACGGCGAAGAGAGUCGUCAGCACGUGUGUGGAAACGGCAAAGGCGGUAAAAAAUAAGAUGGCGGAGCAGGGGCGCCCUAUGAAAUGUUCACCUGUUGGUGGAUUUUUCGCCAUGUGCCUCAUGAAAGAAACCUUCUUCCAGUGUCCGCCAGACAAGUGGCAGAAUACAUCUUUCUGCAACAAAGUCAAGAACGGUGAAUGUUACCCAAAACGUGAUUAA